CGAGACGCGCUGGUGAUGUGUAGACGGUGGGUGAGCGAGUCUCUGAGCAGAGGCAGACAGGGGGAUCCCAGGCUUGCAAUGCCCCCAGCUGGGCACCAGAGGCCGCUGUUCCCCCAGCCGGGCUGCGCUGACCCGGGAAGUGAACGCAGGGGGCGGCCGGUGUCCUCUGGCCCAUGUGGGCGCUGCCGGGCGGGCGGCAUGGCUGAGGCUCAGCAGAGCAGGAUGCAGGAGGCCAUCGACAGCAUGGUACAGGGGCUGGAGCGGGAGAACAUCCGGAAGAUGCAGGGUAACAUGUUUCGAUGCAGCGCCGGCUGCUGCGAGAAUAACACGGCCUCCAUGCAGCAGGUGCACCAUUGCAUCGAGCGCUGCCACGCGCCCCUGGCCCAGGCCCAGGCCGUCGUUACCAAAGAACUGGAGAGGUUUCAGGACCGUUUGGCUCGCUGCACGAUGCACUGUAAUGACAAAGCCAAAGAUUCCCUGGAUUCAGGAAGCAAGGAGCAGCAGGUGAAACAACAGCUGGAGAGCUGCGUGACAAAGUGCGUGGACGAUCACGUGCAUCUCAUCCCCAGCAUGACCAAGAAAAUGAAGGAGACUCUGGCGGCCAUUGCACAAUAAAGCUGUGUCUGUUUGGGGAGAGAGAGAGGGAGACGUGUAGUUCCUAUUAAAAGAGAGACAUGCACACGGA